UUUCGUUCAUUUGACAAGCAAAAUACUGAGUGAGCGAAGAAAGAGUCCGUACACGACCGUCGCUUAGCUUUCUCACCGCAAACAUGUCCGAGGAGCGAUCCGAACGAUCUGAUGGCAGAAUUGUGAAGAUGGAGAUCGACUACAGUUCGACUGUAGACCAACGACUCCCGGAAUGUGAAAAAAUGGCUAAAGAGGGCAAACUGCAAGAAGCCAUUGAGAGCUUGUUGUCGUUGGAGAAGCAAACCAGAACUGCUUCAGACAUGGUGUCCACCUCUAGAAUCCUAGUAGCUGUGGUCCAGAUGUGCUAUGAAGCCAAAGACUGGGAUGCUCUGAACGAAAACAUUAUGUUGCUGACAAAACGAAGAAGUCAGCUCAAACAGGCUGUUGCCAAAAUGGUGCAAGAAUGUUACAAGUAUGUGGACUCUGUCACUGAUCUGCCCAUCAAGCUGAGACUCAUUGAUACACUUCGCACUGUCACUGCUGGCAAGAUCUAUGUAGAGAUUGAGCGUGCCAGACUGACAAAGACCUUGGCCAACAUUAAAGAGCAAAGUGGAGAGGUCAAAGAGGCUGCUUCCAUCCUCCAGGAGCUGCAGGUAGAAACAUAUGGCUCCAUGGAAAAAAAGGAGAAGGUGGAGUUUAUUUUGGAACAGAUGAGGCUUUGCAUUGCUGUGAAAGAUUACAUUCGCACCCAGAUCAUCAGCAAGAAGAUCAACACCAAAUUCUUCCAGGAAGAAGGCACAGAGGAGUUAAAGCUCAAGUAUUACGACCUGAUGAUUCAGGUUGACCUGCACGAGGGCUCUUACCUGUCUAUCUGCAAACACUACAGGGCCAUCUAUGACACCCCCUGCAUUUUGGAGGACAGCAGCAAGUGGCAACAGGCUCUGAAGAGUGUGGUGCUAUAUGUGAUUCUUUCCCCUUACGAUAACGAGCAGUCAGAUCUUGUGCACAGAAUUAGUUCAGACAAGAAGCUGGAAGAAAUUCCCAAAUACAAGGAUCUGUUGAAGCAGUUCACCACUAUGGAGUUGAUGCGCUGGGCAUCUGUGGUGGAGGAUUAUGGCAAGGAGCUCAGAGAGGGCUCACCUGACAGCCCCGCCACAGAUGUGUUCUCUUAUUCAGAGGAGGCAGAGAAAAGGUGGAAUGACUUGAAGAACAGAGUAGUGGAGCAUAACAUCAGAAUAAUGGCCAAAUAUUACACCAGAAUCACAAUGAAGAGAAUGGCUGGACUUCUUGACCUCUCCAUUGACGAAUCUGAGGAGUUCCUAUCCAGUCUAGUUGUGAACAAGACCAUCUAUGCCAAGGUGGACAGGCUGGCCGGUAUCAUCAACUUCCAGAGGCCUAAAGAUCCCAAUGACCUGCUCAACGACUGGUCACACAAACUCAACUCUCUCAUGUCUCUUGUCAACAAAACCACACACCUGAUUGCCAAGGAGGAGAUGAUCCACAACCUGCAGUGAAAGAAGAAUGCAUCAUUUUAUGUUUUGGUCAAUAUUUGUUGUUUUUCCUUUUGUGGGAAUGUUUUUGAAAAUACAGUAAAGACACAGUGGACUGUGAGUGUGGAAGUGCAUAGCCAUACACAGAUUCCUUUAUUUGGUUUUCACUGUCCAGUUAAACCUUUCAAUAAACACACAAACAUUUCCUCCUUGAACCAAUGUGUUGACAACUAGAUCUUGAAAUAUAUUUCCCAUCUGCAGACUAUAAACAUUACUUUUGCUUUUAUAGCUGUAUGAGAACAUGGCUGAGAGCACUCGGAAAUGUAUACUGAGCAAUGUAAACAAUAAACUCCUUACAUUUGGUUAA